GUCACAUGGACAAAAGUCUAACUUCACGCAUGUUAUAAGGGUUUAUUUUUCUCUCUUUCGUCCCCCCCCCACUCCCCCGCCCCACCAGUUGCUAUUUGUCACAUGGUUUUCCACAAUUCGUAGAGGAAAUUCCCCUUAAAAGAACCUUUUAUAAGUAAGCCAACAACCACCUUUAUUAGAGCAAAGAUCGAAUUGUGUUCAGAGUUGAGCAGAGAAACAGAGCAGCAGGCAGCACAAUGGUUCAGCUCGUCAACAAUAUGCAUUUAAAAGUUGCGUUGGUUUUGAUGCUCUUCUGUGCUUUACAUGAAGCAUACCGGAGCCCUGGAAGGAUCAGGACAAAGUGCUGUACACAUGUUAGUCGACAAAAGAUUCCCUUUCAAAUCACACAUUAUAAGUUUCAGCCAGCCCUUGGACCGUGUGUACAAGCAGUCAUUUUCUACACAGUAGAGAAAGGACCGAUCUGUUCUGAUCCUGCAGCACGCUGGGUUUCUGUAAAGAUCAGUGAGGCAAACUCCAAAGCUGGAAUUUAGCUGGUUUAGAACGAGAACAAGAAUCAUCAAACGAUGGAGAAAAGAUCCAAUUUAAUGGUUUUUUGCUGAUAAACCUGAUCAUAAACUUAAUUUACUGUGUGUAUUUUUGAAUGUAGUAUUUUGCAGUUCAAAUUUAUUUCUGACAUCAUUCAAACGGUUUCUAUGUCUGUUUGUCAAAUAUUUAUAUAUUUUCAAUAUAUUUUGUAUCAGAAUUAAUUAUUUUAUAUGCUACAAGUCAUU